AUGUGUGAAGUGUCCCGUCAUGGAAAUUUCAGAGGACUUUUAUUCAUCUUUAGAACUUUACCAGAAUACCUUUUAAUCUUCCCUGCUAGCAUUCUAUCAGUUUUUGCACUUAUUCCCGUCGCGAAAAAAGUUUUUGAGAAUCGUAGACUUCAAAAUUCGCUUUCAAUUCCAUGGGCCAUAGAUAAAGAACCCGUAGAAUCACCCGUCCUACCAACUCGAGGUGGUCCGCCUCCCAAUCCUUCGAUUCCCCCAAAUGCGAAGAUGCUAUUACCAAGAAAUGUUUUAUUACGUAUGGGACUUUGGUGCUGCUUGUUAAUCAUUUUCGGCGUUCCGACUUCGAUAAUAAUAAUAAAAACAAGCAUCGACUAUUUGAUCAAUGGAAUCGUUCCAUACAGUUACUUUCCCAUCAAUACACAAUUUUGGCUAAGGAACGGUCAUGCGUUAUACAUGAUAUUAUCCUCAAGCUUAUUCUUGUUAUGCUUUGGAACCGGUGAAUUUGCGAACGAACAAUAUCGUGACUUUUGGAUAAUCAUUUUUGGUUACGUAUUUUGCAGGCCAAAAAGGUUGAAAAAAUCCAAACAACUUGAGCUCAAACAUAAUACACGAUCGGAAUAUGAUGCAUAUUCGCACAACUCCAACCGUGUAAGCCCAACUACGACCGUAAAUACGCCCAUGUCAUACCUUUCACAUUGUCCUCGAUCACAUUCUAUGUUUUCAAAUCAUUCAUACCCUUACAGCGAUAAUUGUAGCGAUGAUUAUGAAAGCUCGGGUUAUCCAGAGGUUACCGUGAAUGAUAUUGCGAGACCUAAAGAAGCCAGAUUAUCGGAUGCCUUAUCAUAUGUAUGA